AUGUCCGCCACGCCCGCGAACCGCCGGCGUCGCAGCUCGAGUGUCACAAGCGCACUCCGCCAGGUUCCCCUCAACAAGCAGACGUCGAACAUGAACAUGCGGGAGACUGUGCAGCCAUUAAGCAAGGGCAAGGGCGCGCCGCGUCGCAGCGCAUCUGACCUGCCGGACCGGUACAAGAGCCUGGGGAUGAAGCGCGACUUCACGACGGGCCGCUGGAUGCUUGUACCCUCCUCGGCGUUUGUGCUCAUGAUGAUUCCGGUCAUCCUGUGGGCCAACCAGUGGAUGCUCAUCGACCUCGGCCUCAUGGGUCCGUACAAAGUCAACCCGUUCGCGUGGAUGAUCUUCCCGUCCUAUCGCCUCCCGAACGGCCUGUACACCAAGGGCCUCCUCGACUUUGUGUUUAUCGGCUACUACAUCAUCUUCUGGUCCUUUGUCCGACAGUUCGUCACCCUCUACAUCCUCCGGCCGUUGGGCACGAAACUCGGCAUUAAGGGCUCCAAGGUCAUGCGCUUUACUGAGCAGGGCUACGCUGUCUUCUACUUUGGCAUCAUGGGUACUGCCGGCAUUCUCGUCAUGAAGCAGCUCCCAACAUGGUGGUACAAGACCGAGAACUUCUGGCUCGGUUACCCGCACCGCGAGAUGACCUGGCGGCUCAAGACGUACUACCUCGUCCAGGCUGCGUACUGGUGCCAGCAGACCAUCAUCCUUGCGCUCAAAAUCGAGAAGCCCCGCAAGGACUUCAAGGAGCUCGUCGCGCACCACAUUGUCACCCUCUGGCUCAUCGGAUGGAGCUACGGCAUCUCGCUGACCUACAUCGGCGUGUCCAUCUUCGUGACGAUGGACGUCUCGGACAUCUUCCUUGCUUUUGCCAAGUGCGUCAACUACGUCAACGAAGCCUGGUCGAGCCCGCCCUUUGCGGUGUUUGUCUGCGUGUGGACUUACCUCCGCCACUACCUCAACAUCAAGAUCCUGUACUCUGUCUACACCCAGUUCGACCUGAUCCCAUGGGAGGAACGUCAGGUGUUCGACCCGCUAAACGACAAGUGGAUGGUCGGAUGGAUGAAGUGGCAGAUCUUCACGCCCAUCUUCCUCCUCCAGUGCAUCAACCUGUUCUGGUACUUCCUCAUCUGGCGCAUCCUCGUGCGCAUCGUGCUCUUCGAUGUCGCAAAGGACGACCGGUCCGAUGACGAGGACUCGUCCGACGAGGCCAAGCAGGUCGGCGACGCCGACAAGGCCAAGUAA